UCUGAAUCAUUAUGCCCUCAACUGUGCAGCUUCACAAAGAGAAGAAAAAACACCAUCCGGGCCGCUUCUGCUUCAUGUGUGACCAUUGAUCUCAACCAAUCAGCGGCGGGGUCCAGAGGAGGGAGAGUUCAGACUUCGUGGAGAUGAAGCUGAGGGAAGACACGACGGAACGGACGGUAAUGUCCAGAUGACAGAGUCCAAAUGUGCUGACGUAGCAGCAGUUCAGUGACGGCUCAACAACAAAACCCAACUUCAUCCCACAGCCGCCCACUCAUCCUCCGUCCAGCCAUGUUGUUGAGGAAGAAGCUGUGUGUUGCCUUGGUGAUCACUGCCAUCCUUUUCCUCAUGCUCGCCAGUCAUGGCAUUCAAAAGAGACACUUUCCUUCUCUGCCUCUAAUCAGCUGGACCACGCCCACCGACAGGCAGACAGUAGUUGAACACAAAGCGCCUCAUGCUGAUCCGACCCCUGACCCUCCAAGGAAUCCCCCUCCUCCUGUCAUCACCCAACCUAAGCCCAAGGAGAAGCCAGUACAAAUCUCCCAGAGUAACUUAAAGUUGUGUGGUUGUACUGAGUCCUGUAUUUCAGACCUGGGGGAGUCGGACUGGUUCAGCCGACACUACGACGCCAAGCAGCAGCCUGUCCUCCGAGACACCGACAACAACCUCGACUCGCAGGCGCUCGCAUGGUGGCUGAGUCUCCAGAGGUCUGGCAAUGAUCAGACAUUAGAGAAGGUGAUGUCAGAGAUGUUUAAGGUCAUUUCUUCGCCCACUGUGGACUUCAGGCCCGUCCCCUCCAGUUGCCGUCGUUGCGCGGUGGUCGGCAACUCCGGCAACCUGCGGGAUUCUAGAAAUGGGAACCUGAUUGACUCGCACAACUCCGUCAUCCGGAUGAACAAGGCGAUGACUCGAGGAUUUGAGAAAGACGUUGGGAAUCGGACCACGCAUCACUUCCUGUACCCGGAGAGCGCGGUGGACGUGGCGCACGGCGUCAGCCUCGUCCUGCUGCCGUUCAAACUCCGAGACAUGGAGUGGCUGACCAGCGCACUGUCCACCGGUGAAGUCAAAAUGACCUACAUGAGGGUUAAAGAACGAGUGGAGGCUGAUAAAGACAAGGUUCUGGUGGUGAACCCGGCGUUCUUCAAGUACGCUCAUGAACGUUGGACUGAGGGUCACGGUCGCUACCCGUCCACCGGCAUGCUGGCCAUCAUCUUCGCUCUGCACACUUGCGACCAGCUGUCCGUGUUUGGUUACGGUGCCGACAAACAGGGGAACUGGCAUCACUACUGGGAGGACAACCGCUACGCUGGAGCCUUCAGGAAGACCGGCGUCCACAGCGCUGAUUUUGAAAUGGAGAUCAUCCACCAGCUCGCCAAAGAGGGCAAAAUCAGUCUGCACCUGUGACCCAACCACGGACACCAAGACCCUCUAUCCACAGUCUGACGGGCUGACAUGAAUAUAGACUUAACGCUGGCUGAAUGAUAGACAACCCACAAAAAGCUGGAGAUCGUCUUGAUCGAUCUUAUCAGUACAAACCCAAAGAUUUUCAGUUUAAUAUUAAAUAUAAAACAGAAAGAAACUUUUAAAAAGUGCUAAAAAUGACCUAAUGUUUUGGCAUUAAAGAUAACUUUGAGGAUUAAUUGAUAAUCUAACAAGAUUGCUAUUAUUUUUCUCUCAAUGUACCUAUGGUUGCAGCUCUAGUGCUGUCUUACCCACAGACAGACCUGCUGACUGAAGGAUCAAUCUGCUCGCUGCCCAGCAGAUCAUUUUCCGCUUUAUUGACAAAGAACCAGCUGCAUCUCGUCUGUUAUCCAGUCUGGUUGAUGGCAGCUGAGUGUUUGCAUACCCAGCUGUCCUCAAACCUGACUCAACUCUGGACCCUAUGUGCCUGCCAGAUUUGGCUUGUCUGUUGGGAAUGGGACAGGAAUCAGACCUUUACUUCUUGCACAUCAAUCACCACGUCUGCCUUGAGUCAGAAAGCCAUUAAUGCGGGAUUGAAGCCGCUGAUGGGUGUUGAUAUUUUUGCUUAUCUGGAUUACCUUUGGACGGAGCCUUUCGGGGUGGAGGAGAUAAACCUGACACUUUCACUUGUAGGAUGGGGCCUUGAUUUCCUCCCUCUGCCUAAUCGCUGGUUUAAUUGAAACCCAGCUUAACAUGAACAUAAAUAUUGAUUUUCGGGACCCUCCACUGCUUAAACAGACCCUUUUUUUUAUGUCUGAGACUGCGAGGAUACACCACACAAAUUAUGCUUUAAGCGGGGAAACAACCACAGACUUUUUGUAUAUUUUUAUUUGAUUUUAUAGAUAUUAUACAGGGAUAACCUCUUUUUUAUUAAAGCACUUUUCGAUUUUGUAUCAUUUAUAAUCCACCCAUUUAUUCUAAAUGAAGCAAACCGUCCUGAUCUGCAGGAUGUUUCUGUCCGGACAGACUUGAACCGGGAAUAGAAGUCUUUUAUGUUGUUUUGUAAAGUCUACAUUUUUGGAACGUAAGCCAAUGAUGCUUCCUGUCUCGGCCAUAUAUGGAACUGGAGACAUUGCGUGGGAGGAGCCUGUGUGAGGUUCUCGGCCUGUGUUUGUACUUCCUCAUGAUGAUUCAACAGCCUGUAGUUUUCAGCGGCUUUCACUCACAAAACAGAAGUUGAAGGGACUACUUUUUUAGGUCCACUAGCUGAAAAAGUUCAUGAAAAGCGUUAAUGUUAAACUCUGCAGCUUUACAUCAUUUCCUUUGUUGUGGUCGACUGUUUAACUUUGUGAUGUAACACUUAAAAAAGGAGGAAACGGCGCAAAACUUUAAACUAAAGAUUUAUUAAACAAAACCUAACAAAGUCAAACAAUCAGUAACAGCACCAGUGUAGGGGCGGUGCAUGGACGAGAGGGAGAAGUAGUGCAAUGUAAGUAAGUCCAACCAAAAAUCACCAACCAUAUGAAUGAAGAAAAACAGACCAGUUCAGCAGGAAGCAGCUGGACCUUCUGUUUAAAGGUAGACGACAGCAGAGAGCGGUCACACCUGUGCUGUGAAUGUACAAAAAACGGUUGCUGAAAUGCAAUCACAGUCGUAUGAAUGUUUGUGGCUUCUUUUACAAUAAAAAAAGAAACGUUCUCACACUCGGAAAGUUCAAGUCUGAAUCUGACUCAGUUUCAGAUGCAGUUUCUUUUAGCUGUGUUUUUGCUCUUCAUGAUGGGGAACAUUCAGUUUCUGGUGUACAUUCUAAGCUUAAAAUGCAAAAUAUUUAAGGAAUUUGCACCCAGCAGUCAUGCAUAUAAAGAAAGUAUAAUUUGGACAGAAAACACACCAGACUGUUACUAAUAUAUUCAUAAAUGUGUCAGUCUUCCACGUUAUCGUUUAGCUUUUACGUGUUGGUAUCAAUGGUCACUUUUUAAAUUAGUGUUUUCACCUUGUUUUCGCUCGCACAAAAGUUAUUAACAGAUAUUUUGUCAUAUAUUUGUUUUUUUAAUUGACAGAUGUUGACUUGCACAUUAUUUAAGAGAGAUUGCUUGACUACACAACCACUCUCAGGCCGACCAUGUAAUGGAUUGGGAUGAAGUUUUUCUGGCGCUCCGUAUCCAGAUUCAGACCAACUUGCCAGUGUGAAAUCGUUUCAGUAGGAAAGCUCAGUCUGCUUCAAACUGACUUGUUGAUGCAACGUCUAAAGGCCAGGAUAUGUGGUGUGAAAAUCCUGCCAUCAUAUAUUCCUCCUGGCAGCAUCUCACUGCGUCCUUGAAUGCCGUCCAAAAUAUCUGUGUCUGUGUAAGAUGCAGCUGUUGCAGAGGGAGUUUUUAGACGAUCCAACAAGCUCUUGGUUUGAAGCAGACGGAGGCCUCUAUAUGACCAUGAAUGCUGAAUUAUUAUCUGGAGGCUAUUGCUCUGACGUUCACUUUGGCUGCAGUUAAAUGGUCUAUUAAAACCCAUCUGCUGAGUCAUCUCAAGCUGUGUUUUAAUCUGAAACAUCUGCUGCUUGUUUUAAUAGUUUUUUGCAGAGAUUUAACGCUUUGAUGGUUCCCCAAGUAAAAAAGACUGUCUGCUGGUUAACUGGGAAAUUAUCCACUUUAUGUAGGACAUUCAGCCGCUAAAUGACAGAGCAACAGCCCUCCAGUGUCCUGAGCUGGACUUCACAUCCGGAUGGAAGGUUUUUGAAUCCAAAGUUGUGCUUAUUAUUAGUCUUCCUGCAGUCUGGGAAUUUAGAUUUUUCCACCAGGAAUGCAGGAACGUGCGGAUUAAAUCAAAUAAACCAAUCAUGAUGUAUGAUGUAUGAUGUAUGUUCACUUAUCAUAGCUUUAAUCAGCGCUUCAUGUUUAAACUGUGACUGUUUGACAAAAGGACAUUUCAGUUUCAUUUAACAAACAACCUACUGAUCAUUGAUUCAUUCGUGGUUGCAGGCAGAAGCACUGUGAUAUUUCAAAACUACGUAAACCCACCGCUGUUACUUUGAAUUAAAGGAAACAAAAGAAAGAGUUUUUUGUUCUUCCAAAGGCUCUGGAGGUACAUGUUGGCACACUCAAACACAGAUGGAGACGUCUAUAAAGUCCUAGUGGCAGUUUGUUUCUGCCGCCAUGAUAAAAAUGAACAUUUGCUCAGUUUCCAGUACAAGAUGUUGAGUCCUGUCAUUAUGACUUUUUUCAUUGUUUUCACUAGAGACCAAAUAAUUGUAUUUUAGCAGAACACUCCUGAUUCUCAUCAUAUGUCAUCAUAUACUGCCCUUGCACUUGUCAGACAUAUUAAGCUCUGCCCCACAAAGGUGGCAAAGCCUGAGAUGGGACAGAAGAGCUUUACAGGAUCAAUAACCGUGGAGGGGUGCAGUGAUACAUUUUUGUAAGCCCACCAAGAAGUUAGCAUCGCAAGAGCUCCUGCGGCAAAAAGCCAACUGGAUUUAUCCAACCGACAUCUUUAAGACACAUUUAAGCUUCAGACAUUCAAGAGCGGGGUGAUUUAUUUUAGGUUGUAGAAAUAAAUGUGAAAAACUCUUUAGCUUGUGCUAACCAUAUGCCUUACUUCAGGCAUCUAAGCAAAAAGCCAUUGAAUUUUUUACGAGGGAACUGGAACUGUUUGUAGGAUUUAUGCCUGCACCACUCCAUGAAUAUAUUAAAUAAGUAAUAAGUAAAUAACAGAAAGAAGUCGUUCAGUUGCACUUCAAAUUAAAAGUCCAGUGGAUUCAUUUAUUUUGAAGUGUAGUACCUAUGUGCUUAAUAAAAUAUUAUUUUAUAACAAAAAUAAAUAAAUAAUAGCACGGUCAUCAUUACACUUAAAUCGUUGCUGACCUGUUUGUGCGAGGCAGUCUCCAUGGCGACAUUAUCACAUGACCCGAGCUACAUACAGAUUCUUCACAGAAAAGGUCAACUGUAAUGUCUCCAUGGCAACAAAAGCUGCUGGUUGCUGUGACAACAUGAACGGUGCCUGGACCAUUGAUCAUCACAGGAAGCAGUCCAGUAAAGGAAGAAGCAGAGAGACAGUAUCCCGGGGUUCCAUGUUCUGGUUCUCCAGGCAGACUGGAUCUGUACGGGUCCAGGUUCUGGUGCGUUUGGUCCAUGUCAGUCUGAGAGCAGCUGGACGAAUGAGGACGGGAACAAACCCCUCUGGUCCGGUUCAUCCUCUAUGUAACCAUGCUGCACACACAUUCACACAUGUUGAUUUAAAUUUUAACAUAAACUCCAUACAACAAUGUUCAUUUUGACACCAAAUUUUGAUUUGGUUUUACUCCUUGGAUAGAAAUAUAUAUUAGUUUUAGCAAUUUUUAAAUUUGAUUGGAUUUUAUUGUACUCAUGUAAAAACAAACUAAGUAAGAAAACAAAGUAAUAAUGCUCAGCAGACAUGUAUCAAACUUUUAAUAAACUACAUUUCCAACACCUAUAGGUACAAAUAGGUGUUGGAAGAAAUUAAGACUUAUCAACCUGUCAUAAUGUUGAAAAUGUAGUAAAUGGCAUGUUUGAACUGAUUAAAUGGUCUGACUUUAA